CAUAACCAAAAAAAAUUAAAUUUGAAAAAAACAUAAUUCUCAUGUGAACGUAAGGAUAAAAUAAUUCAUAAUGCCAAUUGAUCAUAAAAGAAUAAAUGGACCUGAGGAUGCAGUUCCCUAUAAAUUAUACACCAAACUCAAUACAAAAAGUUUAAAAGAACAAUAUAAAUCCUGUAUUUCUGAUGAUGGAUUCAGAAAGGAUGGUAGAACCAUUCUCGAACAUAGGAGUUUAUUUUUGAAAACAGGAAUAGUUGCUCAUGCCAAAGGAUCGGCAUACCUUGAACAAGGUAAAACAAUAGUGGUUUCUUCUGUUUUUGACCCAAGAGAAAUACCAAAUCGGACAGAUUAUUCUUCAAAGGGGGAAAUUUAUUGUGAAUUUAAAUUUGCUCCAUUCAGCUGCUCAAAGAGAAGAUUACAUCAACAGGAUUCUCAAGAAAAAGAAUUCAGCUCAGUUAUGAAAAAAGCUCUUGAAUCUGUAGUUUGUAGAUAUGAAUUUCCUAAUUUUCAAGUAGACAUUUACACUUUGGUUUUGCAUAAUGAUGGAUCUGCUUUAAGUGCAGCUAUAACAGCAGCAGGUGCUGCUCUUGUAAACGCUGGAAUACCAAUGUAUGAUGUGAUAACUUCUGUUACAUUAUCGAUACAAGGGGAUAAUGCUAUACUUGAUCCUGAUAUGAUAGAAGAAUCAUUAUCGAAUGUAGCCAUUGAGAAAGAACAUGGAACAAUUGUAAUGUGUUAUCUUUCUGCUCACCAACAAGUAACAAAUUUUUAUCAAGUAGGUCAUUUAUCAGUAGAUACUGUAUGUAGUAGUAUGAAUACAUUAACUGAGGCUUGUAAAAAUAUUGUGCCAUCCAUUCAAAAAUGUUUUGUUAGAGAUGUAUUACAGGCGACAAAAGAAGAAUAGAUUCUAAGCAAAAA